GGCGGCGAGGCGCGGGGGCCGGCGGGGCGGAGCGCCGGGCGCCGGCGGCUCGGGCUGCGGCUCGGGCCCUGCACCUGUGACUCUCGGCCGCGCUCGCCUCGGCCGCCCGGCGUCGCAGCCCCAUGGCCCCGUCCCGGCUGCAGCUCGGCCUCCGCGCCGCCUACUCCGGCGUCAGCUCCGUGGCCGGCUUCUCCAUCUUCCUCGUGUGGACAGUGGUCUACAGACAGCCGGGGACCGCGGCCAUGGGAGGGCUCGCAGGUGUGCUGGCGCUGUGGGUCCUGGUGACGCACGUGAUGUACAUGCAGGAUUACUGGAGGACCUGGCUCAAGGGGCUGCGCGGCUUCUUCUUCGUGGGCGUCCUUUUCUCGGCCGUCUCCGUCGCCGCCUUCUGCACCUUCCUGGUCUUGGCCAUCACCCAGCACCAGAGCCUCACAGACCCCAGCAGCUACUACCUCUCCAGCGUCUGGAGCUUCAUUUCCUUCAAGUGGGCCUUUCUGCUGAGCCUGUACGCCCACCGCUACCGGGCCGACUUUGCAGACAUCAGCAUCCUCAGCGACUUCUGACCCAGGGGUGAGGUCUCUGCACCCUGGGGGUCCUCAGGACCUGGACUUAGUCUCUUGAGACACUGGGGGGGCCUGAUCCCACCCCCUUGGCACCCCAGAACUGUGGCAGAGAGUGCACAACAAGACGAGUGUGGUCUCCAGGAAGCUGUCAGGGGAGACCUGGGUGUGGUGGAAAACAUGGCUCCUGGCUGGCCUGCCUGGAGGGCAGCUUCACACCUUCUCCAGUGGAUGCUUCCUUCGCACUCAGUGAGGAAUCUUUGUAGGUCAAGGGGUAGGACCAAGAGGCCUUGACCUACGCUUGGGGGCCGAUGAGUCUGAGAUGCGACACUGGGCUCUUUCCCCAAGGCCUGGGGGGCUGAGUGGAGAGUUCACUGUCCCUCCUCCUGCCCUCCCACCCUGAGCUGGUCUCCCACGAGUGUGCUAGAGCCAGAAGCCAUCGGCCUCUCCCUGCCACCCCCAACAUACAGAGGCAUCCCCACACCCCAACACGGGACUCCCCCAACAAGGCCAGACUAAGGGUCACUGAGAAUGUGCUCCUGCCCCUGGAAGGGCUGUGGGGAAGGGGGCAACAUGGUAUAGGCUAGAAGGAGCCCCCUAAACCUGUACUGUGUACCCCCCGGCCCUGCAUUUCCACUCUGCCUCCUCAGAGUACCAUUGCACCCAAACCCCCGGCCAUGAGGUACCUUUUCUCCCACUCCAGCCCCUGCUCACUGCCCUUCAACUAGAGCUUUUAUCUUUUUAAAUCUCCCUUCUGAAGGACUAAGUCUGCUUUCCUGCCCAUACACUGGCCCAAGGGCUCACCUAACUCAGGAGGGAGGGGCCUGUCGUUACCUAGAUCUUUUUACCUUAGGUUGCCAUUUUGCACGGUCUACCCCUCUCCCAUAGACCCACGAUUGUGUCCCGCCCCUCAGCUCUUUGCCUUAUCUGUGUCACUGUCACUUUAGCAGAAAUACAGCAGCCAUUUCUAUCAGA